GUGAGCUGAUGGUGAGCCCGGCUGUCCAGGUGAAAUGUAAGCUCCUUGGUUUACAGUUCCACACAAGCUGCCAGGAUGGUGUAUGGAGAAUUCUUCCACCGAAAUAAAGGUGAUGAGGAGGUGCUGAAGUUAAACGUCGGGGGCUUUAAGCAGUCAGUAGCCCAAAGGACUUUGUUGAAGUUCCCUCAUACAAGACUGGGGAAACUACUCAAUUGCCAUUCAGAAGAAGCCAUACUUGAACUCUGUGAUGACUAUAAUGUUGCUGACAAGGAAUAUUACUUUGACAGGAACCCUUCCUUAUUUAGAUAUAUCUUGAACUUUUACUACACGGGGAAACUCCACUUCAUGGAAGAGCUGUGCGUGUUUUCCUUUUGCCAAGAAAUCGAAUACUGGGGUAUUAAUGAACUUUUUAUUGAUUCUUGUUGUAGCAACAAAUAUCAGGAAAAAAAGGAAUGUAUUUCAGAGGACUGGGAUCAGAAGAGUGAUGUCAUCAGCAUGGACUCCACUUCUGACCAGUCCUCUGUUUUUGAGAAGGAACUGGAGCUCUUUGAUAACUUAAAGUUUGGAAACUUUCGCAGAAAAGUAUGGGUCCGUCUGGAAAACCCGGCUUUUUCUUUAUCGGCAAAGCUUAUAGCUAUUUCUUCCCUAAGCGUGGUCUUAACGUCAAUAGUAGCCAUGUGCAUCCAUAGCAUGCCAGAAUUCCAAAAGGUAGAUUACAACGAACGACAACUCGAAGAUCCAGUCCUCGCAGUGGUGGAAAUUAUAUGCAUUGUCUGGUUUACUACAGAAUUGGUCGUCAGGCUAUCGGUAGCUCCUUCACAGAAAAAGUUUUGGAAGAACCCCAUGAACAUCAUAGAUUUUGUCUCUAUAAUUCCUUUUUAUGCCACCCUGGUUCUAGACAGGCAAGACGAAGAGAAUGAAGGCAUUGAGAACAUGGGAAAGGUCGUCCAAAUCCUGAGACUGAUGAGGAUUUUUCGGAUUCUAAAACUUGCCAGGCACUCGGUUGGGUUGCGGUCUUUGGGAGCCACUUUGAGACACAGCUAUCAUGAAGUUGGGCUUCUACUCUUAUUUUUGGCUGUUGGGAUUUCAAUAUUUUCAGUUCUGGUUUAUUACCUGGAAAAAGAUGAUGAAUUGUCCCCUCUUGUGAGCAUCCCUAUCUGCUGGUGGUGGGCCACCAUUAGCAUGACUACGGUUGGCUAUGGAGACACACAUCCCGUAACACUGUAUGGAAAGCUUGUGGGCAGUGUUUGCAUUAUCUGUGGUAUACUAGUAGUUGCCCUUCCAAUAACCAUCAUUUUUAACAAAUUUUCUAAAUAUUAUCAAAAGCAGAAAGCAAUAGAUGUAGAUGGCUGCAAUGACGAUGAACAAAAAGACAAAUUUAAUGACCUUCCUUAUUUCAACAUAAGAGACAUAUAUGCAAGAAGGAUGAAUUCCUUCAUUUCCAGUCUCUCGUCUGUCGGGAUUAUCGCAAGUAAUGACUCAACAGAUGCCUCUAGUAUCCAAGAACUGGAUGAUGCUUAUAAUGCCACUUUCAAAUGA